CCCAGUUGUCAAAUGUAGCAUUCAGCAGGCAGCAGGUUACUUCAUUGUAGUUCUACGAGUGGGGGGCCAUUGUUUUUUUAUCCCGAGAUAAUGCUAUCUGAGAGAACGGCUCUUUGACCUACAGUCCGUUCAUUAAUUGAAAUAUGGUCGUCCAGAAAGCUGUCAAAACGUUGAAUGCAGAUCUUCUCAACGAGAGGAACCGGGGCACCUUCAAUGUCGAAGAGCUCACCAACCUGAUAGACGGUGGGGCCGAGAAGACCAAGGAAAGGAGAGAAUUGGUUGAGUUUUUUGUGAAGGAUCCUCUGCUUCACGAUAAAGUACCUCCAGAAUAUCUGUCAUACGUUGAAAGGUAUGAAGAAGCUAUACGGAAAUCGUGCCUUAUGGUCGGAAAGAUCAAUGAAUGGAUAGACCUCAAGAAGACUGGUAGCUCAGUAGAGCUAUAUCAGGCUAUCCUUGGUGGAAUGUUAGGUUCUGCAAUUUUAAAAGAUGGAAUGCCUUUUGCACUCCAUUAUGUUAUGUUUAUACCCGCUAUUCUGGGCCAAGGAACAUUAGAACAGCAGGCUUACUGGAUCGGGCGAGCUUGGAACUGCCAAAUAAUGGGAACUUAUGCCCAAACAGAGUUAGGACAUGGGACAUUCAUCCGUGGUCUUGAGACGACUGCUCAUUACGAUCCGACUACUGAGGAAUUUAUUUUAAACAGUCCCACGCUUACAUCUUACAAAUGGUGGCCUGGUGGAUUAGGACAGACUUCAAACUAUGCUAUUGUUGUUGCCCAGCUUUAUACAAAGGGUGAAUGCCAUGGAAUUCACCCUUUUGUUGUCCAGCUAAGGGAUGAAGAAUCACAUAUGCCUCUGCCAGGGAUAGACAUCGGCGAGAUUGGGUGCAAAAUGGGAAUGAAUGGUACUAAUCAGGGUUAUCUUGGCUUCAAAAAAUUUCGUAUCCCCAGGGACCAGAUGUUGAUGAAAAACUCUCAAGUUUUAAAGGAUGGAACAUAUGUAAAAUCGCCAAGCGAUAAAUUGACAUAUGGAACGAUGAUAUUUGUCCGAGUAGCUUUAAUUAAAGGGGUUUCAUUGUCUUAUUUAUCUAAAGCUGUGACAAUAGCUACAAGAUACAGUGCAGUUAGAAGACAAUCAGAAUUGAGGCCUGGAGAAGCGGAACCUUUGAUUAUGGAAUACAAAACACAACAGUAUAAAUUAUUCCCCAAUAUUGCAUCUGCCUUCGGAAUGUUGUUUUCAGCAAAUUGGCUGUGGAGUAUGUAUCAUAGUGUGACUUCAGAACUUGAACAAGGAGAUUUGGAACGUCUCCCUGAAAUGCAUGCGAUUGCUUGUUGUCUAAAAGCAGUCUCGACCUCAGAUGCUGCAAGAGGAAUAGAAGAAUGCAGGAAAGCAUGUGGAGGUCAUGGAUAUAUGACUUGUAGCAAUUUACCGUUUUCGUACGGUAUGGCGACUGCUGCAGAAACGUACGAAGGAGAAAACACCGUUCUGUACCUCCAAACUGCCAGGUUUUUAAUGAAGGCUUGGUACCAAGCAAGAACUGGGACGAAACUACCACUAACUACUGCUUAUCUUACCCAAAACGAAAGCUUGACAAAAUUUCCUUGGAGCAAUACUAUGUUAAAUGUUAUAGCUGCAUACCGCCAAGUAGCUUAUGGACUAAUUAAAGAAACAACAGGUAAAGUUGAUAGGAUGAUUGCAACAGGAGUACAGCAAGAAGAUGCCUGGAAUAAUUAUUCUAUCAGCCUUGUUCAAUGCGCACAGGCACAUUGUAGGUUGUUCAUGAUUGAAAAAUUUUUCGCGUCAGUUAAAGAAGCAAACGUAAGCCCUCAUUUGAGAACUGUUCUUAUGCAACUGUGUGAGCUCUAUGGAGUCUACUUUCUCCUUAACAACCUUGGCUUUUUCCUUAUGUAUUCUUCCGUGAGGAUUGGUGACAUCUCCUCUAUACAAGAUUGGCAGGACUCUUUAUUGGCUGUGUUACGCCCAAACGCGGUUUCUAUUGUAGAUAGUUUUGAUAUCUGUGAUGAAAUAUUAUCAUCGCCGUUAGGAGCAUAUGACGGCAAUGUUUAUGAGCGGUUAUUUGAAGAGGCUAAUAAAAGUCCUCUAAAUGCGAAACCGGUCAAUUCUUCUUUUGAGAAAUAUUUGAAACCUUUCUUAAAAUCCAACUUAUAACCAAAUGUUUACACUCGGGCCCAUUAUUUUAAUUUUAUUUUUAAUUUAUUACGUUUUAAAUGUUAUAGACAUUAACAUAUUUUAUAUAGUUCUGUACAUAUGUACCUAGUUUAAAGUGGUGUGUUUUUAAUUGGUUGCAUUUUUGUGAAAACCUUGUAUUUUUAUUAUUUAUCACAUUCCAUCAACAUUUGUCAGAGUAAUUACUCAUAGCUUUUGUAAUUGUGAUCCUUUUAUAAAAAUUUUAAAGAAAAAUGAUAUAUUUUUAUACACAGUGAGUUGUGGCUUCUUCCACUUGAAGCUUAGUUUUAAAAACUUAUCAAAUGUGAUUGAUACAUUUUUUAACUGUUAUGCAAAUAAACAUAUAUUGAAAUUUC